AGCCUGGGUCCAAUAGUGAAACGUGUAUUCACGGAUGAUAAGAAUACAUCUGACAAUGAACGAUAGUAGAUAAAUAGGAUCGCGAAAUAAUUAUACGGUUAAUGUGGAAAAUUUGCUCGAUGCAUAGUAAAAUAGGUGAAACAGCGGCGGGAUGUCAACGUAGUGCUUCAAAUGGAAAAUGGCGAAGAUCAUGAAAGGAUCCGAAUCGUUGAGCACGAUCCUGAUCUGCGAAUAUUGCACUAACCUUUCGUUCAAGCAAAUAGAAGAUUUUGUCAGGCAUCUAAGAGAUCAGCAUUGCGCCAGAGAAGGAGGAUCUUUUAUGUGUCUUUACGGUUAUAAUGGGGUAUGCACUAGUCUUCCUGUGGAAGGUGUUUCUGAUAAAGAUUAUGUAGCACAUGCCACCAAGCAUGCAGCAAUGCAACAGCAACGCAAGAGCAAUGGCCAAUUAUCAGAGCCCUCUUCUUCGUGGACUGUAUACUCUGCUGCACAGAACUUGCCAGCUGUUUUAAAUGAUCCCUUUAAAGGAAAGCAAAGUAACUUUUUAACACGCACUUGGGGAGAUGGAUUUGUAGAAAAAGUUGAUAUACCUAAAAGUCCAUACCUUCCCGAAGUUACCAUGCAGCAUUUUGAGUCUUACUUAAAAAAAAUUACCAGGAGAUUCAGAAAGCAUUCUCGUAUGAAUUCGAAUGCAAAUAGACCAACUACUCCUAAUGAAUUAUUACAAAAUUUUCCGAACUUAAGAAAAGUUAAAUGCUCAGAUCGAAUGCAAUUUGAUUUAACUAAUAUACCAAAAAUUUUUUUAACACCCAAUCUGGAUCUUUCUCAAAAAGACAAUUUUUAUGCUGUAUUUCCAUUCACAAAAAAUGGAUUAUUAAACGAAGAUUCUAAUAUUGUUAUGCAUGUAAAACAAAUGCAAGAAAAGUUAAGUCACUAUUUAGAUAUUGUGGAAGUUAGAAUAGCUGAACAGGUUGCUUCGAAAUCUCAAGCAUUUUUUCAUGCUAUGACUUCUCAUGAUGCCUUAAUGGAGCAACUCACGCAAACUAUUACUGUUCUCAAAGCUCUUAGAAAAAAUAUACAUCAAGUUGAUAGACAUCUAGUCAAUGAUUCCUUAAACAUAUUACGAUUAGAGCAAGCAAGAUCUAAUCGAUUACUAGUUCAAGAAAAAUUAAAACUCAUGGCCACGGUACAUCAAAGUCAGCCAAUGAUACAAUUAUUAUUAUCUACUCCAGAUUAUGUGGCAGCUUUAGAUCUUAUUUCCACGACCCAAGAGAUACUUUUACAAGAGUUGAACGGGGUGCAUAGCUUUAGACAUCUGAGUUCCCAAUUAACAGAAAUGGAGCGAUUGGUAGAUAAAAUGUUGUCCACGGAGUUCCAAAGGUACGCGACCGCCGAUUUGAAUAGACCGUUAGGUGGUGAGAACAGUGUUCUGGACGGUGAUAAGCUUGUGUCGAUCAUUUCGGGUUUACUGCGGCAAAAGCAUUUUCAAUUUGUGGACACUUACAAAGAGGAAGCUAUAACGACAGUGAGAGCUGUGACUAAGCAAAGGGUAAUAGAGGCUUUGGCAGCGAGCGAUUGUUGCAGCGACCAACAAGCGGCAGCAUUAGAGGUUGGAGGACUCUCCCUAGCAGAAAGAUUAACAUUGUUAAACAACACCAUACAAUCCUUAACAUUUCUUCUCAUGCGCGUAAAGGCUGUUCAUGACGUAAUGCGAGACACAGUAGAUCUUGCAUCUGGUCGAGUUUGCGAUGGUUCAUUCGAUGAGAGUAUACCGGAUCGGCUACUAACUCGAGCAGAGCAUUCGCGAGUAACGACCAAACUCAAUGAUAUGAUUACUUCGGUUUGUGAUUAUUGUCAUGAACGAAUGGGAAAUCUGCUUUCUGCAGGUGCAAAUGACAAAGAUAAGUUGCAAAACGACAAAGAGAAACAGAUCAAUGAGAACGCAAGCAACAAGUUAGAGGAUAGGGAGAGUCAAAAUUGGAACGAUAAAUCAUCUUGGUUGAGUAAGAGGGCAACCACAGCUCAAGUAUGCCAGUUGGCUAAUUUGGUCGAGGGAUUUACAGAAACUUGCGGAAAACUGUGUGGCAAGCAAUGUACAGCCUUACGAUCCGCUUUCAAGGCACAAGCUAGUAAGUUCAUUCAGAGAUUUCACACCGAGCUUAAAACAAAACUCACCCUUUUAUUGGAGUCUGAAAGAUGGAAGCAGGCUGACGUGCCAUCCGAAUUCCAAUACUUGGUGACUUACGUGUAUGAAAACAAGUGUAUACCAACGUAUCAGUACAAGUCGGAUGACAAAGAUAAGGAAGACGAUGUUUCAAAUUUUAUUUUAGUAGGCGAUGAAAAGUACGCUGUCGUCGCCACAGCAUUGAUGCUUAUGCAAAUGAUUCACGAAUAUUGCAGAACUGGCAGCGAAUUGGUCGCCUUGUCUGGAACAAUCGGAAGAUAUCUAGCUGAAUUAUUACGUCAUUAUAAUUCUCGUUGCUGUCAACUUGUACUCGGCGCUGGCGCGAUGCAAGUUGCUGGUUUAAAAACAAUUACUAGCACGAUACUAGUGCUAGCUGCUCGAAGCUUGAAGCUGAUCUUAUGGUUUAUGCCUUUUGUAAAGGCACACUUUCAAUCACUGACAGAGCAGAAUCCUAAUCGUGGAUUUGGUUCGUCCAACAUUAGCGGCGGCGUUGCGUUGUUGGAUAGCGUUGAAAGAGAUAUUCGAGCUCAUGUGAAGGAAAUCGAGAGCAAGAUCCUUACCAUUGUCGACAAUCUACUAGGUGGCCAAAUAUCAAAGUGGACGGCCCGACCUCCUGUACCAUCGGUCUCGUUUAGAAAUAUUUCAAACUAUUUAAUGAAAUUACAUGAAGCGGUUUCUGGUAUUUUGCCUGCAGUCGAAGUACAAAUCUUGUAUCGCACGGUAAACACAUCUUUUAAAGAGAAACUCCGAGAACAAUUAGUUAAAAUGAAUAUAGUGAAUAACGGUGGUCCACAACACGGUAUAGUCACGUCGGAACUCACUUUUUAUCUCGAGGCGUUGCGAAAGCUGAAAGUGUUACCCACCAAUGAGUUAGAUGACAAUUGGAUGAGUGACAUAUGGACUAGAUAACAUGCAGAGCGUGUGAUAUAUUGCAUAAUAGAGGCGAUGAAGUAUUGCCGAAAGAGAUGACUAAUCUUUCUUAUAUUGUCUUCCUUCGCACGCUUCGCAGUCGUCCUACCGAUAUUAACGUUUCAAAUGGAUUUUUCAAACAUGGUGGCUUAUAUCGGAAUCAUCCUUCGAGAUAUUUAUAAUUAUUUUAUUUGUAAGGUUGUAUGGAUUAUAGAGCUGGCUUAACGUUGUGAUAUUCUAAGGAAAACCCAUGGUGCAGCUUUUUCAUAAAUUGCUGUGUUCGAUAUUUCGGAGACUACUGGAUACCAGGAAACUAAAGGAUUGUUUUAAGGGAAUAUGAUCUUAUUUGUAUCAGUUGUUGGCUACGUUUCAAUAGUAAUCAUAAGCUAGUUUCAUCAUUCGUACUGUUUCGUCUCCUAAACGAUCAGUUAUGCCACAGUGUUCAGGUGUAAACUUUCAUACAACGAGUGUGAACGACUACAACAAAGAAUCGUGUAAAUCAUGAAAGAAAACAGAAUACUCUUUCUCGGAAGAGCUACUUAAAUUUCAGUUGAUUACUAUCGGGCAUAAGAUAAUAAAGUUGGAGUAGAAGGACCAAGACUUUAGCUAUUAAAUUAUUUUCCGUCGCGUAGAUAUCAGUGUAUUUAAUAAUAAUAAUUCAAAUUAGAAAGUUUCUUGUGAGUUGAAAUGCUCACACUCGAGUUCGAUGGUUAAUAUGGAAGACAUAAACCUGAAAAACGUAUUUACGUAAAUUACGACUGCUUUUAUUGUUGUGUUCACUGCUAGUAUUGGACUGAUUAUAAAGAGUGUACCGUCGGAAUAAAUCUGAUAACGAUCUUUCGAACAUUUUUACAUGUAUGUAUAUCGCGUACUACUUAUAUCGAUCUGUUUUUAUCGACAGAUUGUUCAAUUAGUUUCUUGAUAGCAAGAGGGUGGCUUAUUAUCGGAUCGCUGCCGAUGGUGUGUUUUUAUCAAGUUUUUCUGAAUGAAUCAAAUAACCUUUUAGAAAAGAUGAAAAAAAAGGUACGAAUUAAUUUAAUACUACAUCAUCACAAGGAUUCACGACUGCUUAAACAAAAAAAUCGCUGUAAAUUUUUAUCCUUCGUCUUUGUGACCAAAGAUAAAUCAAUAGAUAUUAUUAUUGCCUACAGUUGUACAUCACGUUGUUUGCAAUAUUAUCAUUUAUAUUAGCGUACGCAAUAUUUCUAAUUUAUUAUAAAUUAUUAUUUAUUUGGUGCAUUCCAUUCUAGACUUAGUCUAGAUUAGUAACACGGUAACCAGUUGUAUUUUUAUUCAUAAAUAAUUUAUUAAGAAAAAAACAAUUGUGCGUAUGGCCCAGCAGAGAUGUAUCGAUGCGUUUUAAACACUUCUAGCUAAUUUUCGUCGUCUGAAACGAUGCGGUUUUCGUUAUUAUUAUGAAUUAUUGCGAACUGUUUUAUCAAGACUGACGACGUCUUGUUGAAUCAUCGUGCGUUCCAUAUAGAGGUAUAGAUAACAACUUAGAUGUACCGUACCUCAUUUAAUUACUGCAUAAUGUAUUAUAAAAAUGAAUAUAAAGAUUAUGCUAUAUACAA